GUUUCUGCUGCGCCGUGAAACAAACCAAACCAUCCCCUGGAGUGCCUGAGCCUACUGGCCAAAGAACGGAUUGUCUGCGGAAAGUCGCAUAACGUACUGCAAGUCUCAACAAGAAGUUGCCAAGCCACGACUUCUACUGUGUAGCUGCCUCGCGUCCGCCCCGCCCCUCCCCCACGUUUUCCGGUCUGGCGUCUCGCCGAGGAGCUGCACCUGUGCAUCACCAAAGCCGUUCGCGCCUGCAACAUCACACCGAACAAUUGCAAGCCACCAGCGCAGUGCUACACCCAUUACGCUAUCUACACUCCCUUUCUCCAGCAUCACAGUUCAAUCUCCACUGCCACUCGCUCUCCUCCCGCUAUUGGCAUCCUGCACCCCGCCAUCAAUUCUCCCCAUAUCAGAGACGCCGCCAUGUCUCCCCCGGCCAUCAUUGCACCCUCCAUUCUGUCCGCCGAUUUCGCCGAGCUGGGCAAGGCAUGCUCCGAUACAAUAAAGCAAGGUGCUGACUGGUUACACGUCGACAUCAUGGAUGGUCAUUUUGUGCCCAACAUGACCUUUGGCGCCCCUGUAGUCACCAAAAUUCGUUCACAUGUUGACCACCCGAAUGCUGCCCACGGGAAGGGGACGUUUGAUUGCCACAUGAUGAUUGCAGAGCCCAAGCGCUGGGUUCGCGAUUUUCAAAAAGCCGGCUGCGACCUAUACUGUUUCCAUUACGAAGCCGCUAUUUCCUCAACCGCCGCCGACACCCCCUCAGGACAGUCCGACAAGAAGACGUCGCCUAAGGAACUCAUUCGCUUCAUCCACGAGCUUGGCAUGCAAGCUGGUAUCGCGAUAAAACCGAAGACGUCUGUAGAUGUGCUUUGGGAUAUAUUAGAGAAUCCCGUGAAGGAAGAGCGGCCAGAUAUGGUCCUCGUCAUGACCGUCGAACCCGGCUUCGGCGGCCAAUCCUUCAUGGCCUCCGAACUUCCCAAGGUCACCGCCCUGCGCGAAAGGUACCCCGAUCUGCACAUCGAGGUGGACGGCGGCUUGAAUGAGCAUACCAUCGAUCAAGCAGCCGAAGCGGGCGCCAAUGUUAUUGUAGCCGGGAGUGCCGUGUUUGGUGCGCAGGAUCCGGCGGAGGUGAUUUCGAAGCUGAGGGAGGCGGUGGAGAGGAGAAGGGGAAAGCUGUGAUUGAGUUUUUUGGGGCGUCUUGUGGCAUAGAGGACCGUCAGUUUAGAUAUCGCCUGCCAGCGCCUGUUUUCCGAUGAGUUGUUGAGGGGAAGUGAUGAUUUUAUGAGUAGAGCGUCUAGCAUUUUCACGCAGCAUCUGUGGAGCGCCUAUGGACCUUGAAUUCACGGUAUCCACAUCGAGUCUUCCCAGCGUUACCUCGCAACAUUGAAAUACGCAUCCAACUAUAAGCUGAGGUAGAUCCAUACGCAGGUACGCGCCCCCAAU